AAGACCUUACCGGCGACCCUUGCAAUUGUGAGACGGUCGGCUGUAGGUGUAUUGAGGCACGGAUACGCCCAUGGGUAACGUUGACAUUUUCGCGAGACAACAGCUCUCUAAAACUGCUUUCAAUGGUCUUGCUUGGAUUGAGGCUUCGGAUUCACGCCGUCGAUCCACGCUACACACCGACGCUGUCCAGUAUGUUCCUGCAUCUGACGGCAAGAAGCCAAUAUCCGCGCCCUUGUAUGUCCUGUAUGCUGGCUACAAUUGGCUACUGCGUCUAUGCAACCCUCUUCCAGAUUAUAUUUUCCCUUAGAUACUUCAUAGGUUUGAACGCCAUGAUGACCAUGUGCAGACUACAAGAAUUAUAAUUAUGGUAUGACAUUUGACCGCUUCCUAUCACCCACAUCUCAUCUGUCGAGAGAGCGUCAAUAUUUCGCAAGUUCGGUGAAUCGGUGU